AUCGGCUGGUGCAGCUGGGAGCAUUUUACCACGUGAUUCGAGCGAUGUCACAGCAGUCAUCACCAUUUCACCUUUUUCACGUCAGGGGCUCAAAUGGCAGAAGGUAAAAGAGCGAGAAAAACUACCAUGAAAUAGACGCAGACCGAACCGUGACCCGGCGGUUCUCCUCCACGCUUCACCGCCUGACAACUUUAAACCAGCCUGGCCUCUGUCGCCUCAGCUUCUUGGUUUGCAUCAGAAGUAGCACAACACAGCGGCUUAUCAGGCUGAAGCAGCACAACAGAGAGGAGGGUCUGAGGCUGACUACUCCCCCCAUUAAUCUCUGAGGCGGGGGGAGGAGAAAGAGGUGGGCAACAAGGAGGCGCUAUACCCACCUGGAGUAUGGGGCAGAAAGUCCCAGGUGGCAUUAAAACUAUUGACAUGCGGGACCCGGCUUUCAGUCCGCUAACAUUGGAGCUACAGGCCUUGAGUCACACAAAGCCGUCUCGGCUAGACCUUCUGCUGGACAUGCCGCCCGCCAGCCUUGAUACCCAGAUCCAGCAUUCGUGGAACAACGAUGACCGCUCCUUAAACGUUUUUGUAAAGGACGACAACAAGCUGGUGUUUCACAGGCACCCUGUGGCGCAGAGCACAGACGCCAUCAGGGGACGUGUGGGCUACACCAGGGGUCUGCAUGUCUGGGAGAUCAACUGGGCCAUGCGCCAGAGGGGCACGCACGCGGUGGUUGGUGUAGCGACGAGUGACGCGCCGCUACAUUCGGUGAGCUACACAGCUUUGGUGGGGAGCAACUCUGAAUCCUGGGGCUGGGACUUAUGCAGAAGUAAGCUGUACCACGACGGCAAGAAUCUCCCAGGAAAAACCUACCCAGCCUUCCUGGAGCCAGACGACACCUUCAUAAUACCAGACUCCCUCCUGGUGGUCCUGGACAUGGAUGAGGGGACACUGGGUUACAUCGUGGAUGGACAUUACCUCGGAGUGGCGUUUAGAGGACUCAAAGGAAAGAAGCUGCAUCCCAUAGUGAGCGCCGUGUGGGGGCACUGUGAAAUACGAAUCCGGUACAUAAACGGGCUGGAUCCUGAACCUCUCUCGCUGAUGGACUUGUGUAGACGUUCGGUGAGGGUGGCGUUAGGAAGAGACCGGCUGAACGAAAUCCACAGACUCCCCCUGCCAGCCUCUCUCAAGAACUACCUGCUGUACCAAUGACGAGGCUGACCUACACAACACACUCGGCACUCCCUUGCUUCACUCUCUGGGAACGUCCUUGGGUUUAACUCGUUUGGCAGCAUUACUGAAGCCUCCAGGACUGAUUGAGCCACCUGCGUGAAUCAGCAAGUACACUUCUGUCAGUGGCAAGACUCCUCUUGAGUUUCUUAUCCUGUUUUUAUGACUGUUUUUUUUUUCCAAUUGUUAUCUUUAAUCUUGUAAAAUCAGGAAUCAUUGAGUACUAUGCACACCCUGAUCCAAAUGAUGCCCUGACAGUCACCAUGUCGGUGAACCACUUCCAAGUCUGUAGGUUAAUGUGGCGUCUGCUCUGACCUCCAACCUUUUUUUUUUCCCACCCAGUUAUGCAUUCCUGUCUCAUAGCCUUGGGAAUCUAUAUGAAAUUGUGCUAAUAAUGAGGCGAUGGAUCACCGGGCCAGGAGCAGCAGUGCACUACUGUUCUCAGACCACAAGAUGGCAGCACACUUGCAAAAGUUUCAAAUUGAGCAUUAUAAAAUUCUGGGUUUUAGAAAUGGUUUUUAGAUACAUGUUCACUCUGACUAAAAGAUGACAGUUUUAUAGAGAGCUCCUGGUGCACUGUGAAUCAGUUUAAAAGCAGCACAGACCCCUCACUGCGCUCAGGUUUCUCUGUAACAUGGACUCAUCCGCUCAGCUGCAGCUGCGCGGGAAUAUCUGCAUAAUACAGAAAACUGUCACUGUGAUCAUUUGUAGCAUGCACCUGCAGGAAACUUCUCAAACUUUUAAUAAUUUGUUGCUUUUUUUUAAGUGUAAUUUCUGACCAAGUGCUGUUGAGGCCCAAGAGCAUUUUUUAAUCUCCCAUAAUCUCCAUGUUUGAGCACUGGUUUGCACAUAUUAAAACAAAGAAUGCAGGAAAAAAAAACAUGUAAAUGUUGACUGACUCUUGAGUCCUACUGGCAGAUAACUGAGAACUAUUGUUUUGUUUGUGUUUAUGAACUGUAUAGUUGGGUCAGGGGUCUUUGGAAGCUGGCUUUGUAGGUGCCUGACUUGAUAAACUUUGGGUUUUUAAAGCACCGUGUGACAGAAAGCGACAAUCUACAAUGUGUUGCACAAAUGUAAUGAAAGUAGGUCAGAUCCCCAACAAUUUGUCAAAUGCCAUAUCAUAAAGCAGUCUGUUUUUAAAUGUGUAUAAUUGGUACACUUGCUUGCUUCCACUUGAUUUGUAUUACUUGGUGUAAAUUUGUUUAUCUAUUAAAGAUUAUUUCACAUUAA